AUGGGUUCCAAGUUUCCCGAAGUUCAGGGUGGCGGCAGCCUAAUGGUUGCUUGGCAGGUAAAAGGCAAGAGAGUUCUUGUUGUCGGCGGUGGCGAGGUUGCAGCUGGUCGCAUUCUCCACUGCCUCAAUGCCGACGCCACAGUCACUGUCGUCGCGCCAAGCUCGGGGCUCAACCCCGAGGUAGCCUACCGUGUACACCAGAAGCAGGUUGUCUACAUCGAUCGCACGUUCGAGCCAGAUGAUCUCGAUGGCGUCGACAUGGUUCUCACGGCCGUGGACGAUCCAGAAGCCUCUACACGAGUAUGGAAGCUAUGCAAGGAGAGGCGAAUUCCCGUCAAUGUAGCCGAUGUGCCGCCAGAGUGUGAUUUCUACUUUGGCAGCGUCCAUCGCGAUGGGCCGCUACAAAUCAUGGUCAGCACAAACGGUAAGGGCCCACGGCUGGCCCAAACCAUCCGGAAGUACAUCGCCAAACUGCUACCAAAGGAGGCCGGCAAGGCCAUCAACUCUGUGGGUGAGUUGAGGGUGAAGCUACGCCGGAUGGCACCGAACCCAGAGGAUGGGCCCAAGAGGAUGGCAUGGAUGACCAAAGUCAGCGAUGCCUACUCUUUCGAGGAACUUUGCAGCCUGAACGACGAAGACGUCAACAAUCUGUUGCGGUUUUACAUGUCAGGCGUCUCCUCAGGCACUGAGGAUGGUUCCACAGCUGACACCUCACAGCCGCAAUGCGACAUCUUCAACACAACGUUUUCCUUGUAUCGAGCUUCGCCGCUGUUUCUAGGUCCAGACCCACUCUCAUAUGCGCGACUUGCGACUCUCAGCCAACGGCUUCGAGAUGUGCUUGUGGGCGAUUUCGUGCGAGGCGUGGAGGUUGGCCUCGACAACACAUCCGGCGCCUCAAUGGGCAGCGCAGGUAGUUUAGAGGGUGUGACGACCGAAUGGGCCGCUUCUGAUGAUGCUCUGGGUAUAUCUGAUCGAGCUCUUCAGAUCACUUUACAGUAUGAGAACGCCAUCUGCUCCGCGUUGCUUCUACCGGCACCACCAGCGAACGCUGCUAGAGACGACAGUACCAAGGGUCAAUUUUUGCACCUACCCCUUCUUCUUCUCCGGAUGCCCACCCCGUUGAAAUCCGCCAUCAUCUCUUUCAUUUCGACCACAUUUGACUGCCGGAUUGGUCCCUUGCGCCUGAGCAGCGAAUACAUGUACCAGAGGUGGGAAGCUUGGGCACAAGGCACAGCACUUCCGACGACUGGUCCUCUAGCAAAAGACGUCGUUCUCACGCUCGGGUUUCGUCUUCCUGGAGAGCCGAGUGAGACGGCCUUUAGCAUAGACGAGGGCGAAGCACAAAGUGGGACAGUGGUUAAUGCCACGUCAGGCCUCAAGGCAGUCGAUGUUAUUGUUCCCUUUCAGGAUCUGCCGCAAUUUUCCAAGGCCGGUAAAACCUUCACUAAAGGCGGGGACGGGGUCGACAAGCCGCUCACGAGAGCUUUAAUUCACUACGUGAAGCACCACCUUGCCCUAGACAUGUCGCAUCCGGCCGUCAGUUUGGUGCGCAUUGCCUGUGGAGGUUUUGUGCUCGCAGAAAGCCGCAUCAAGAUAUUCAGCCCGUCUGACGCCAUCACAGGCGCUGCACCUCAUGCAGCCGCAGUGCAAGAGCUCCUUUCACAACUCGCAACGAGGGCCGCAACAAUAAUGUAG